AGCAAAAGAAAUCCCCUCGAAAAAUACAUCAACCAGAAUCAAACACCGCGAUGCGAAAGUCCAUCACCGUUUUCUUCCUCCUAAAGAACUCAACCUCCAAGCCCGGUCUCCUUCCCUCGCUAAACCCUAACCUAGGGUUUACUAGCCCUCGCUAUUUGACCUCAGCUUCCGCUUCGAAACCUAGAUGGCUUUCUUCUUCUUCUUCAUCUCCACCGGCCGCCGCCGUUCUCUCCGAUCCGAGGACCUCCGAUGGGAUGACCGUUGAUGCGAUCGCGGCGAAAGGGUGGGCGAUCCUCGAGGAGGGCGAAGGCGAUUGGAAAAGCCACGCUGCUGCCGUCGCUCAGUCGAUCCGGCUCAUAAAGAAGCGCUUGCAGUGGAAAAAGAUGAUUGGUAGGUUGGAGCAGUUGACAAUGGUCGUAAACAAACCAGACCUUUGGGAUGAUCCUACCUUUGCUGGGAGCGUUAGUCGUGAGCAUGGAGGGUUAAUGAGUAAGAUGAAAGAGGUAAACGGGUUUGAACAAGAACUUCUUGAGCACAUUGAUAUGCUGAAGCUUGCGCGUGAAGAGAAUGAUGAAGAACUGGAAUCGGAAUCUAUGAAAGCAUUGCUUGAAAUGAGAAGAAAUGCAAAGGAAAAAGAACUUGAAGCAUUGUUAGCAGGCGAUAAUGACUCCUGCUCUUGUUUUAUUGAGGUUCAAGCGGGAGCCGGUGGAACAGAGAGCAAUGAUUGGGCUUCCAUGGUUAUGAACAUGUACAAGAUGUGGGCUCAGAACCAUGGGUUUCAGGUCACUCUGGUGGAUGAAAUGCCUGGUGAGAUAGCAGGAAUCAAGCGUGCAACAAUCAAAGUAGAUGGUGAAUAUGCAUAUGGUUAUGCCAAAGCAGAAGUUGGAGUGCAUAGGUUGGUGAGAAUAUCUCCUUUCGAUAGUGGAAAACGCCGGCACACUUCUUUUGCUGCUGUAGCAGUAAUCCCGAUCCUAGGGGAUGUUUCUACUCAUUUCCAGAUAAAAGAGUCGGAUCUUCGUAUUGAGCGGUUUCGUUCUGGUGGGGCUGGCGGUCAGCAUGCUAACACUACUGAUAGUGCAGUGAGGAUAGUACAUAUUCCAACUGGAAUAUCUGCUACAUGUCAGAACGAAAGAUCUCAGCAUCAAAAUAAAGCCUCAGCGAUGGCAGUGCUGCAGUCUCGGUUAGAUCAGCUUGAAAUGACACGCCAAGCCCAGAUGAAUGCAGAGCAUACUCAAUCACUCACUGAGAUCAGUUGGGGCAAUCAGAUUCGGACUUACGUCCUCCAUCCAUAUCGCAUGGUCAAAGAUCUACGAACGAACUACGAAGUUUCAGACCCUGAUUCUGUUCUUGAAGGAGACCUUGAUGGCUUUAUUCUCAACUUUUUAUCUGCUUCAUUGGACAAAGAUGAUGAGAAGCCGUGAAUCGAUCUGGAGAGUGGUGUUGACUGUUGUCAGUAAAAGAUUUUGUAGCGCAGGAAUAAUCACAAUAGCGGCUGUUAGUGUUUUUAUUAUGCAUAUAUGAUAUAUGUCAUAAUUUAUUCCUGAAUACUCAUAUUUCAGCUUUUCACUUGCUGAAGAUGGUCUUUUUAUAGGAAUUCGAUGAAAAAAGAACGUGAUGUUGGAUUACGAGGUCGUUAUGUAAGGGAAAAUGUUGUAUUCAUUUGUUUAAUUUCUCGGUAAGAACGGUGUGGGACACGUUUUUUGUUCUUG